CCCCCCUUACCUCCACUUCCCUGUACCUACCGGUAGGUACGUAGAGAAUGUAGAGAGCCGGCUGGACCUGACCCCUAUUCAGGCUAUCCGAGAAUUAUUUCUUUAAAGGGCUCUUCUCAUCCCGCAUCUCCUUCACUUGGGUACCUAACAGUAAGCCAACAUCAUUGUUUCCUGAGUAUCCUUUAUGAUGAGUUCACCUGUUCAAAUCCUUGCCCGCAAUUUGCAGGCUAUUGCUACUGGCCCUUCAGGGGAUGGUGCAAACGUCUUCUUGCUCGAAGAGGCUGAGGGCAACCUAUUGCAGGAGCUCUGGGUUGAUAACCAACCUGUAAUCAAGACCUUUGUCACUAGCGGAGCCAAGGAAAAUACACCAGCUGUGUAUUUGACGAACGAAGCAGAGCGAUACAUUUUCUUCCUAGACAACACCAAUCAACUCAGGUGUGUGACAUACGAUGAGAAUGAUGAAGAAUGGGACGAUGCCCCAUUCAAUGAUGUUUUCGGUGGAAUUGAGGUUUACGAAAACACACGAUUGAGCGGGUUCUCUAACCCCUCCGGAAUGAUGAUCGUCUUCGAAACUCAACCAGGACAAUUGGCUACCCUAGUUGGCCGUGAUGGCCAAUGGAAGGUCACUGGAGCAGUUCCUGCCAAAGUCGAACCAGGAGCGGCGCAUACAACAGUCGACGGUCCUAACAAACUCGAUAUCUUCUGUUUUGGACAUGACAGCCAGAUCCUCCACCUUGUCCAAGACCACAACAGCGGUAGUUGGGAUGCUUCCGUUGUCGAAAACUCGAGGCUCGAAGCCCCGCUCGCUCGUAUUGCGGCUUUUCCGAAAGAGGAUGCGCUUACGUUUGAUCUAGUUAUCCUACUUUCCAACUCUCAAAUGAUCUGGAUUGAAGCAGGAGGCGCUAAGACUGACCUUGGGGUCGUGGACGGAACCAAGUUGAUUCCACCAACGGCAGCCGAGUGCAGUCUUUUUCUGCCUCCUCGGUACAUAUCCCAGUUCGCCAACAGCGGCUUCGUGAACACUGGGUAUAUAACGUACAAUAAUUAUUAUAUGGGCCAGCCAAGUCAAGGUAUACCAGCCUGGGGCCGAUUUUAAGCGCGGGUGAGAACAUAUAGGUAGAUUUAGGGGUAGCUUUAGUACCUAUCAAAAUGAUCAAUGCCAUCCAUGGAGAUGCCCCUACAGGCACUGCUCA